CGUGGACUUCAAUUAAAAAACUUUGAUAUUUCCCUCUAUAAUUUCUAUUCCGCAAACCCUCCCAAAGCCCUAAACACUUGCUUGCUCUGUAUUUGCCGCUGAAAUGCCCGUCGUUGCUCCACUCUCCGGGGACACGCGCGGCGCUUCAGAUUCCGCCGACCUCUCUCUUGUCCCGAUCUCACCGGAGCUCCGUCAGCCUGCUGUUUUCCCUCUCCGUCACGGCCUCAAACCUCCAAUAGUUCGUCUCGCUCUUUCCUGGGCGCGAGGCAACGCACUCCGCGUUUCAGUUCUCCGGCCGCCGUCCGAGCAAGAUUCCGAUGACGGCGAAGCUGGCGGGAAAGUGGUGGAGUUAAGGCUUAGUAAUGGAGAAGCCGAGAUUAGCGAUUCGCUGUGGCGGAGGAUCGCGUACGGUUCGUUGUCACCGUUUGCGCUACUUCAGAGCCGGAGGAGCUCGUUGUCGAGCUUGUCGAAGAUGUCGAUGAGUCCUUCCCCGUAUCACAUUGAGUGGUGGGAGUAUGUGAUGGAGUAUAGCAAGGACAUUAGUUCACUUCUUAGUAAGCCACAAUCGGUUCCUAGUUCUGUGAUUGAAGAUCCGAAGACAAUCUUAAAGACAGUUGAGGAGCCUACAUUGUUGAAAGCUGCAUGGGAGCUGAUGGAAAUAUUUUAUGCUGACAAGCAUUCCCAACCAUGGCUACCUGAACGGCUUGUUGAUUGGUUAACUGAUUAUGAUUGCCUCCUUUCCACUACACAGACUACUAUCCAUUCCAAACUUGUGGGUUUUCAAAAAGAACUUGUCAAUUUGCAGGUCAUUGAGGAUGAUCCUAAAUACUGGGAGGCAAUUUCAUCAGCACUAGCAGUUGGCUGGUUGGAAGUUGUUGUGAAGAUGCUGCGUUUGCAUGGGUCUUAUCAGAUAGAUCAGCUUGGAAAUCGUGAGACAGAGAAUGGUCUGGUAGAGGCAGUUGCUGUUCUUAUUUCAAAAAUGCCACGCAUGCGUCCUGAAAUAGAAGAAGGAAAAGGAGAAUGCUAUAGAGUGAAGCCUGAUUUUAUCAAGGCGUGGGAAAAAUGGCGGGCACAAAUUACUAAGCUAGACUGUAGUUCAUUCUGGGUCCAGUGUGAUCAUCAUCAGACUCGGGAAGGCUUGAAAAAUAUGUUACAAAUCAUGCUUGGGAACAGUGAUAGUCUCUGUGCUACAACAUGUAACUGGACAGAGCUUUUUAUAUCUCACCUUCUAUAUAUCAGGCCGUUCACACUAGGUUUAGAAAACAUGCAUAACCUAGCCCAGAAAUGCAUGCAGUUGAAACCAACAGCCAGUGCCCUUAGGUUGACACACCUUCUGAUAGGAAUUCUUGGCGAAAAUAAUGAGGUUGUCUUAGCAGAAUGCUCAAGAUCUUUUGGCUCUUGGAUGCUUGCUCAUGCUAUUGAAUUAUUGACUGCUGGGAGUGAUCAAGCAGAAAAUCUUCUACAUGAAGAGCAAUACAGCUUGGGAGGAAUUAGCAUGGCUGAACUACAUCGGCUUGUCUAUGCUCAAGUUCUAUCUUCGCAUGUAUUGACCUGGCAAAUUGCUCCAAUUUAUUUGACAUCGUGCAUGAAGCAGGGAAUGGGUCUGUUAGAGAUUCUGUUGUAUAAGCAACCUAUUCAACAUAAUGAAAUGCUUCUUAAGACUAUAGAGAUAUGCCGCCUAUAUGAACUUGACCACAUUAGUUCAAACAUUAUGAAGAUUGCUGGAAUGCAUCACUGGAAGCAUGGUAGGAAAGGUUCUGGAGUUUUCUGGCUUCAGCAAGCCCGGGAUGAAUUCCGUCUUAACAAGAUUGCCCAGCAUUUGUUUGAUUCUGUUGGAAAAUCAAUUUCGGAUGAAAGCUUCAAGCAAUGGGAAGGCUUGAUUGAAUUGUUGGGUUCUGAGUCUAAGAUUGCUGGAGGCCUUGAGUUUUUGCACAAGUAUAGGGAUUUUAAGAAGUCCCUCAAGCAGGUACACAGUGGAAAAAGUAGUGAUGCUGCUCGGCAAGCUGUAGAAUCUCUCAUAUUGCUUAUGAAAAAUCCUUCAACACCUCAGCGGUUCUGGCUGCCUCUAUUGUAUGACUCGUUGAAACUGCUUAAUUGGCAGGAGCGUCCUUUGCUAAAUGUUUCUCAGACAAACCUCUUAUUGAAUAAACUGCAAGAAUUGUCCAUGGCAAGGCUUUGUCCGGACUCUGUCGAAGUGGACUUGCCAACGCAGGCCUUAUGCUCUGUUAGGCUAGCUCUUGCUACAAAUCUUGGACGUGCCAUCUUGGAGGAAUAAGGAUGCCUAGUUUGUAACUUAUUAGCUUAGUUUUCAUGUACCAGUGGCAUUAACAUGUGGAGGGUUGUUGAACAGCUUCUACGAGGGUCUUUGAAAUAUAUGCCCAGCAGUGUGAAGAUUUUCCCUCAGCAUUUUUAGCUAACAGAGAAUGGAGAAGCUGAAUUGGUUUUUCUUUCUUUAUGAGGUUUUUGAAUAGGUGUAGCUGUUGUAAAUUUGCAUGAUAUUAACUUAAAUUGCCCAGAUAGCCAAAGCUGUGUGAUCUUCAUUAUAUUAUAAUUAUUAUUUUUUUGUUGUGUUGUGGUGCUAA